AUGGUGGAUAACCUAUUGACCCAUGUUCAAAUCCUGGCACCACUCAGCCCUCGUGGCCAAGGAGUAACUACACCCUACGCCAAGCAGAAGCUCCCACUGUUCAUCAACGUAGAUUCUCCGAUCAUCUUCUUUCACCAGAACCACCGCCUCCGCCUUAUCCCCUAUCUGAACAUCCAGGAGCAAUUCGAAAUUCAGUUUCCUUCAAUCAUGGCGAUGAAAUUGCAAAUUGUUUUCGUUUUCAUUUGCUCUUUUUUUAUCCUUACUAAUACUGAGGGUAUCCAACAGCUACGAUUUGAUCAAACGAAAGGCGAGUUCAAGAUUCUACAGGUGGCUGACAUGCACUACGCUGAUGGAAGUAAAACCCCAUGUGAAGAUGUUCUUCCAGAUCAAUUCCCCCAUUGCUCUGACUUAAACACCACUGAUUUCAUUCAGAGAAUGAUCGACGCUGAAUCACCCGACCUCAUUGUUUUCACUGGAGACAACAUCUAUGGAUCCGAUGCAACAGAUGCAGAAGCUUCCAUGAAUGCAGCUUUUGCUCCUGCCAUUUCAUCAAACAUCCCAUGGACAGCUGUCUUAGGAAACCAUGAUCAAGAAUCCACGUUAUCCAGAGAAGGUGUCAUGAAUCAUAUCGUUCAAAUGAAACACACUUUGUCUCUUCUUAACCCACCUGGUUUUGAUGAUUUUAUAGAUGGUUUUGGGAAUUACAAUCUUCAAGUGUUUGGAACUGAAGGAUCAGAUUUUGUGAAUAGUUCCAUCUUAAACUUAUACUUUCUUGAUAGUGGUGACUACUCUACAGUUCCAUCUAUCCCUGGAUAUGGAUGGAUCAAAACAUCUCAACAGUUAUGGUUUCAAGAAACUUCAAUGGAUCUUCAAAACAACACAAAAGCUCCUGGACUUGCUUACUUUCACAUCCCAUUGCCCCGAAUAUUCACAGUUUGA